CUGUUCUUGUAUAACUGAACUAUACCAUGACUCCAGUGUUCUCUAUACCACUGGAUAGAACCUGCACAACUCUACUGCCGUAUAUUCUCCUCUACAAUACUACUCUUACUAUACUAAUCUACAGCAAAUCCCCCCAUCCUAUCCCCAUCCCCAUCCUCACAUCUUCUUCCUCUUCCGGCUGUCAUGUCCUUCCAUCCCCAUGUACCUUCUCCACGAUCACCACCACGAUCACCACUUCCCUCCAAAUCCCAACCUUCUCGACCAUCCUCAACUCCACCACCACCUCCCCCCCAUCCCUCCCACCACGCAUAGCAUGCACCGAUCUCGACCAACCUCCGAAACACCCUCCUCACCCGCCUCCACCUCCGUCACCCGCCUCCGCCACCGUUCCUGACCGUUCCUGAACCUGGCCCGCGCACUAUCCGACUACGUAUACGAAGUACAUACCAUACAAACGGCUCGCUCGCUCGCUCCCAUCAACAGCCUCACGCUAGAUCCCUUCGCGCCUAGCCUUCCGCGCUCCACCUCCUUGGCCGAUCGGUCUGGGAAACUUCAAACCUCACGUCUCACCCUCACCCUCUCUCAAGAAAGAGAAAGAAAUCCCAAAGAAACCUCACCGCCGCAAUCACAAUCAUCACCAUCGCAACCACCACCACCACCACCGCCGCUGCCGCCGUUCCCCCCCCACCCCAUCCGCGGCUAUGGGCAGGACCUCCAAAUUCUUCUUCCCCGUCCCAGGGCGCCGCGCCUCGGUCCUCCCUCCUGCGAAAACAGAAUCUAUACCUACGAGUUCCUCGAGCAGCAAUUCACGGCCGCAGCAGCGACAGCAACAACCCCUCUCGAAAGCACAGCGUCUCCUCGGCACAGAUAACCUCAACAUCGACUCCCCCAGCCGCGACGACGACGGAGCAUGGCGUUCCUACACACCCUCCUCCUCGCGCAGUCGAGCGGCCACGAGUCCAAGCCGGAUGAGCAUUGAGAUAGCCGAGUCGACGACCGAAGACGACGCAUAUAGUGCCUCCGAGAGAGGAGGCGGGGUGCCGCCGAUACGAUUGAACGGCAAGGCGUCGUCGACGCUGUUGGGCCGCGGGGCGGUGAUGAGAGGGGAUUAUGGAGGUGGAGGAGAGGAUAUGGCGAGUGACCUACCCGAUAUCAGGUCGGAGAGGUCGAAUUCCACAUUGCGGUCUUACUACGACCGCGGAUCUACGCCCCUAGCUGUCUCACAGCAGACCUCGGCCUCGUCGGCGCGCGACCUCGCUCUCCGCAAGGGAUACCAACCCGUCGUCUCCAAUAUGCCCCACAGCCCACUCAGUCCGCAUGGCAUCGACUCCAUCGCCGAAGACGACGGCGACAUCGACGACACCAACUACAACCAAGACAGGGACAGCUACUUCCCCUCCUCCCCACAACCACCCAAGAAGAAAACCUCCCGCCUAGACCUCACACGCCUCUUCCACAAGAAAUCAAAAGACGCACAAUCCCUCCGCCCUCCCUCCUCCACCUCCCGCGCCCCCUCCGUCGGCUCCGGAAUCUCCUCCUCCACCGACCCCACCUACGCCCGGAAACUGAGCAAGAACCCGCCUAUCGUGCGCCAGAAGUCGUCUGUUGCUUCACCCCCCGUCGAUCGAUUGAGGGAUGAGAAAACAGUCCAGUUCCAGAACGAUCACCACGCCACGGAUGAUCUAUGGGAUCACUACGAGCAGCGCGUCUACGCGGAUCGCGCUCCUGCUCCUGUGCCUGAACCCCGCGCCGCUGCGGCGGCGGCGGCGAAGGUACCGGUUAUUGCGGCGCCAAGACCGAGACAUGAGGCGCCCAAUGGAGUUUCCUAUCCUGAUCUCCGUCCGAGAAACGGGCACGAUAGAGAAACCGCACCGCCGCCGUCGGCGCACUCGGCGUGGAGAGCGCGCGAUCACCUCGGUGCUAGCGGGGGCGGUGGGGGCCAGAAUUGGGAUGCUACGAGCCGGGUGAGCGAUUCGAGUAAGACGACUGGGACGUCGCGGCGGAGUGUGUUUUCGAACUCCAACCUCCAGCAAAACAGCAUCCUCUCCCUCUCCGAGUCCUCGUCCUCGGAUGACGACGAGAGGGGAGAUGACAAAGAUACCUCCGAGAGCGACGUUAUGGGUAAUGGUGCUAGGAGAGGGGGUAAGCACAACGCUCGGACGAAUGGUGGUGCGACGCAUAAGAGUAGUAGUAGCACCACCUCAUCGAAAAAACAAUCCUCCUCCUCCAAGACACGACAGAAACCAAAACCCCUCCGCAACCUCGACGCCUUCCCCCGCCCCGCAAGCUCAACCUCCCACCCUUCCCAAAACACACCAAGCCCGCACCACAGCGACUUCCUCACCAUCCCCUCACCCAUCUCCCUCCACCUCUCCGGACCCUGGCGAUCCUCCGCCUCCUCGCCGCCUACCACCGCCAUCCCGCCACCGCCGGGUGGUCCACCGGGGGGUGCACUACCGGGUGUCCCGCAGGGCAUGAGGAGACAUGCGAGCUCGGCGAGUAAGGCGAGUACGAUGAGGAGUGUGAAUAGUUCGCGCACGGCGAGUACGCUGAGGAGUACGGCGCCGAGGAGCAGGCCGCCGGCGGAGGGGCUGCCUAGUCCGGUGGAGGAGGGGGGCCUGGGGUGGGGGCAUGGGAGGCAGGGGAGUGGGGGGGCUAACGGGUAUGGGAAUGGGUAUUCUAAUGGUUAUUCGAAUGGUUAUGCCAGCAACGGGAAUGGGUAUGCGAAUGGACAUAACUCGCACUUUCCUAUAGGCAGCGCGACUUCAACACCCACUUCAUCUCGCUCACCUGUCCCCUCUUACGCCGUCCCAUCUAUCCCUUCCUCGUCGUCGUCGGUGGCGGCGGCGAAUCUAAUGGCUGUUACGCCGCAGGAACAGGCGCUUCUGUCUGCGCUGCGCAAGAAGAGGGCGAGGAUGCGUGAUGAGAUCCUCGCGGAGGGGGUGUUGGAUAUGGGGACUGCUAAUGUUGUUACUAUCGGCAGCGGUGGAGGUGGCGGAAGAGGGGACGUGAGUGGGAAUAGGAGUCAGAAUGGAGGGGGAGACAGUGGGGCAGGACUCAUGCCCAGGGCGAGCGUGAGGAGUGGCAUGAGCAACACCUCUGCUGUGAGUGGUGAGAGCGUGGUGUUCUGCCUUGAUAACAAUAAUAAUGGUGGACCUGUCACGAAUGGGGGGGAUAAAUCCGUCCGCAGCGCCCGAAGUGUGCAUAGCGAGAGGAGUGAGAGGGAACGGUUUGGGGGGGGUGGGGAUGAGAGGAGGGUUAGGGAGAGGGAGAGGGAACGCGAGAGGGAGAGAGAGAGAGAGAUGCAGAGUUUUGUGGGUGCGGUGAAGGGGAGGGCGGGGGUGAGGUUGAGUGCUGUUGGGAGUGUUGGGGGGGAGGGGUUUGGGUGGUAG